GGGGUGCGUCGACCUUCAUGCCAAUAGUGCCUUUCAUAAAGUGGGUGAAUCCGCAUUUCAUUUCCGAAACAAGGUCAUCAAUUUCCAUCCUUCACCACCACUUUCCUUUCAUAGCCACUCAAAAAAUGGUUAUUAGAAUCUGUGCUGGUUCAUCAAUUAUGUGCGCUACUUGGUGAGUAUACCUUUACACAAAGUAUAUACUGCCCUUUAUAAAACGGGUUAAUCCUUAAUUCAUUUCUAGUUAUCGAUUUCUAAGCUUUAUCUCUGCUUUCCUUUAAUUACUUUACUAUCGUUCUUCUUCCAAGGGUUCAUUACCAGCAGUAUGAUUACAUACGUGCUGCCUUCUUUGGUCGUUCUGUUGGGGUUUUCUCGAUAAGUCAUCGCGGAUAUCAAAAUUACUAGUCUAUGGAUUCUUGAUACAAAAGUCUACACUGGCAAGCCCUUUACCCUCGAUUGGACUGGUGCUCAGGGAUUGGUCGCAAUAAGACUCGUUCUUCUUAAUGGCAGUGGUGAAGAAAAAUCAAUCACCAGUGAGUUCAUCACAUCCCCAAGAAAUAUUUUAGUUUCAUGUUGACAACUGCAUAGGCGGUCUUCAUGGAACCACAUAUACCUGGAACCCACCUGCGAGUCUGAAUGGACAAUCAGGGAGUCUCGAAAUUAGCGAUGGUCUUACGAAGGAUGUAUCUCCACAGGUAUUCUUUAGACCUGGUUCGGAGCAAGGACAGGUGAGACCUACUUUACAUUCUCUUGUGUGAGAAAUAUAUUCUAAUAUAGGUUCAUAUUCCAUAGAAUGUUAUUAUAUCAUCUUCGAUUACACAAUCGCCAUUUGAAACCAAUCACCCAAUAUCGUUCAUCUUUAGCAGUAGUUCACGAAAUUUCGAAGCAUUCUCAACAAGCACCCCAGUUCCCACCGCUUCUGGGGUGUCCACUUCCGUUUCCCCAUCACCCCACACACGAUCAUUAGAUGAAUCAGACAAUGAUUUUGCUCCCGGAUUCAACACAGGGGCAAAAGUAUGGAUUGCAAUCGCAAUUACAGCUGUAAUUUGUUUGAUCGGGGGAGCCAUUACCUUCGCAUUUUGGUAUAGAAAACGGAGCCGAAAAGUCAAGUAUGGAAGCAAUGCAAAGUCAAUGAGUUCUGCCAAGGGGUUUGAUAUUAAUACAUCUGUUGAAUGGAAGGCUGAGUUGGAGGCAGUCUCCAAUGUCAGACAUGUUUCACCUGUAGAGUUGGAUACGGAACCUCUAAAGUUGAAGCGUUGAUUUAAAUGUUGAACUGAAGAUCUGAUUGUGUGAUUUUAG